AUGUUACCGGCUCGGAUCAUUAAUGAGCUUGAAGCUUGUAUGCGUAACUUCUUAUGGUCCCAGGAGAGUUCGUUUUCUAACGGAAAAUCUAAAGUUUCUUGGAAGGUCGUUUGCACUCCGAAGUAUGAAGGAGGUUUGGGCAUUAGACGUAUUGGAGAUAUGAACAAGGCUCUUAUGUCUAAUCACAUUUGGAGCAUUGUUUCGAAGUGGGAUUCUCUUUGGGUUGAAUGGGUGUAUAGUUACCGAUUAAAAGGCAAAAACUUCUGGGUGUGUAAAACCCCAUCUAAUUGCUGUUGGUCUUGGAGAAAGUUGGUUCAACUGAAGCCGCUUAUUAGGGAUCAUAUAUGGUCGGAGGUAGGUAAUGGCGCUAAAACGUCAGCCUGGUUCGACUACUGGUGUGAUAUAGGUCCACUCGGUGACUUUAUUUCGCCGAGAACCAUUUCUGAUGCAGAUUUUACGCUGGACGACACCGUGGCUAACAUUUACUCUCAUGGUUCUUGGUCUUGGCCUAUGGCAUGGAUAGAUCUUUUCCCGGUUCUCAUCCAACUGGAUCAGGUACAUUUGAUUCCGACAAAACCCGAUAGACUAUUAUGGAGAGAUGGUAGUGAAAAAACAGAGUUUUCUUCUUCGGGUGUUUGGCAUUCAAUUCGACACAAAAUUGGUGCAACAUUGUUUGGUUUUCGCAAUGCAUUCCUAGGCAUGCUUUUAUGA